AUGGACGGGAUUUGUUACACUGAGCACAAGGACAUUGAACAUGUUUUCAGUAAUUUUUUUACUAACCUUUGGUCUGAUACCUCAGCUAACUCUGUCUCUGAUUUAGUUCAAGCUCUCCCCGAUGACCUUCCGACUAUCUCCCAAAAUGAUGGUGAGUCUUUGAUUGCGGAGGUCUCCAAAAAGGAAGUUUUCUAUGCCCUCAAAUCUCUCCCCUCUGGUAAGAGCCCCGGUCCUGAUGGUUUAAAUUCUGAAUUUUAUUGCUUCUUCUGGAAUGAUUUAGGUGACUCUCUUUUUGAGGCUAUUUCUUAUUUUUUCAAUAACUCUGUUAUCCCGAACUCUUGGGGCCAGACUUUUAUUACCUUUGUUCCUAAAAAACCUAAUCCCCAUUCUGUUACUGAUUUUAGACCUAUUUCACUAUGUAAUGUAUGCUACAAAAUUAUUGCUAAAAUCCUUGCCAUCCGGAUUAAGAAUGUGCUUCCUAAAAUUAUUGGCCGUGAGCGAUGUGGUUUUGUUUCCAAUCGCAGCCCUUUUGAUAACAUAAUUGCUCUUCAAGAGGUGGUUCAUUCUAUGGAUCGUGAUUCUAAGAACCCCCCUAGGAUGCUAGUGAAAUUAGAUAUUGAAAAAGCCUAUGAUACCUUGAGUUGGAAUGCAAUUCUUGCCACCCUUUACCGGAUGAACUUCCCUAGUAGAUGGAUCUCCUGGAUUAAAGCCUGCAUUUCUUCUGCUUCUUUCUCCUUUCUGAUUAAUCGUCAACCUUCUCCUUGGAUUAAAUCCUCUAGGGGUCUCCGUCAGGGGGAUCCCUUAUCUUCAUAUCUUUUCAUCAUAGUUGCUCAAAAUCUCACAGCCUUGUUGAAUUUUUCUUUGAGACAGAACAUGAUCCCUGGCUUUAAUCUUGAUCUCAAUAGAAACUUCAACCAUCUUAUGUAUGCGGACGAUUUAAUUCUUGUUACUCAUGCAACUAGAAAGACUGCUCGUAAUAUUAACUUGUGUUUUUCCAUUUAUGAUCGACUCACUAGUCAACGUGCUAAUAAAUCUAAGUCUGAUAUUUACUUCCCUUCUAGAUUUAAUCACAGACUUCGUCUGAGCAUCUGUAGGAUCUUAGGCUUUACCACUGGUUCUUUCCCUUUUACCUAUCUUGGUAUCUCUAUCUCUCCUAAAAGAUUAGCCUUGUCCAAUUUUUCUAGGAUGCUUGACAAAACUGAGAGAAUUUUAUCUAACUGGAGCCAUUCUAAAAUUUCUAUGGCUGGUAAAACUAUUCUCAUAAAUUCAAUCCUGAUGUCAAUUCCGGUGUAUUACUUGUCUGUGUAUCCUGUUCCUGAUUCAGUUUUGGAUGGCAUUACUAAAGCUGCUACGGCGUUUUUUUGGUCUAAGGGUGGCAAUAGAAAAGGCAUGAACUCGGUUAAUUGGACAGAUAUUACUCUUGGUCACUCUGAGGGGGGUCUCUCGAUCCGUAAUUUGCGCGCUUCGAAAAUUUCUCUUAUGGCCAAGAAUGUCCUUAGUUAUCUAAAUCAUCAUGAUGCCAUUUGGGUGGACAUUCUCAUCAACAAAUAUGGUAUUGUUAACUUUUGGACUGAUUCCAUUCCAUCCAAUUGCUCUUGGUUCUUCCGUUGCCUCUGUCAUAAUGCUAAUCUCAUUAAGCCUCUUCUCUGGCUGUAUCACAUUAAUCCCAACCUUACUGAUAUUAUGUUUCACCCUUGGUAUUUUGAAAUUACACUGGCUUUCAAACCCACCUAUCUCAAUAUGAAUGUCAAUCUGGAUUUGUUAAGAAUUUCUGAUCUCCUCAUUGAUAAUGCUUGGAAUUUGAACUUGUUACAUGAUAUGUUUGGUGAUUUUCUUAACUUUGAUUAUCUCACUUGUGACAAAUCUAGCCAUUGUGAUGGUAACUGGUGGGUUUGGUAUCCCAAAUCCAAGAAUCACAGGUUAACCUCCAUGGUCUAUACCCAUUUCAAUGGGGUGGUUGAUAAUAUUGAUCCCUGGAUUGGCUGGCGAUUUUUAUGGCGGCUUAAAAUUGCUCCCCGACCCAAACAUUUCUUCUGGAUGCUCCUCCAUAAUGGGAUUAAAACAUAUGAUUACCAUUACAGAUUGAAUCUGGGUCCUCAGACUCUUUGCAGGUUUUGUAAUCUUGAUUUUGAAACUGCCGAGCAUCUCUUCAACUCUUGUCCCAAAGCCCAAGCCACUUGGCUCUUGAUUAGCAACUUCAUUGGCAAGCAAAUUCUUUUCCAUGAUGGUUUCUCUAAUGGAAACUGGCUCUGCCCUUCCAAUCCUGAUUUAAAUAUCUUUGAUCAAUCGGUUAUUGUUGCUACUGCUUGGCUCCUGUGGAAAGCUAGAUGCAAUCUCAUCUUCCAAUCUGAAGUUCCCGACUUUAUCUCCAUCGCAAUCCGGGCUAUUAAUCACGUUAGGGAAUACUCUUACUCUUAUCCCUCUCAUUCUGGUAAUCAGAUGAUCCUUAAUAAUUUUACUUAUAUUGACAGCCCUUUUCUCUUCAUCUCUUCUAAGGGUAGCUGUGAAACCGGAUCUUUCGGUGCUGGGUUCUAUUUGAUAUCUGCCAAUUCCCAGCUGCUUUGUCGUUUGGUUCUUUGCAACAUCACUGCUGAAUCUCCAAUUGAAGCUGAGGCUUUUGCUCUGAUUGCAGCACUUGGAAGUCUUCAGGCGUCGGAUCAUCAAAUUAAAACUAUCUUUAUGGCCAACGAUGAUCUCCACUCUACUAUCAAAGCCGGUUACUCUCAUCAUGACUGGAGAAUCAAUCCUCUUAUUAUCAAUAUCACUGAUUACCUUAUCUGCUUUGGUCGACCAGCCAUCUUCACCACGCCUUCUAACUGGUUAUCUGCUGCCUCUAGUUUGGCCCUCCUUGGUAUUAACUCUCAUAUUCUUACCCUUUUUCAUCAAGGCAGGGAUCUUCCAUAUUGGUUGAUGAAGCUUUUUCUUCGUCUUGGUGUUAGUUUGUAA